CACAGCCAGCUCUGCGGCUUUCCUGCGGGUGCCUGGUGAGUCCCCUCCCUGCUCGCUGCACCCUGGCUGCCGGGGGCCAGGAUCGGGCUCUUUCUGUCCCCUCUGGCUGCCCCUCUUUGGGCGGAGGGCCAUAGACCAAGAGAGCUUGGACCCUGCCUGCUGACCCGCUGGUCCUCGGCCCGCAGAGCAUGGGGGUCCCCCGAGUCCCCGCACGGAACGUGCUCUUCCAGAGCGAGAGAAGCGGCCUGACCUACCGCGUGCCUGCGCUGCUGCCCGUGCCCCCCGGGCCCACUCUGCUGGCCUUCGCGGAGCAGCGACUCAGCCCUGACGACACACACGCCCACCGCCUGGUGCAGAGGCGCGGCACGCUGGCGGGGGGCUCCGUGCUGUGGGGCGCCGCGCGUGUGAUGGGCACCGCGGCCCUGGAGGGGCACCGCUCCAUGAACCCCUGCCCGGUGCACGAUGCGCGCACCGGCACCGUCUUCCUCUUCUUCGUGGCGGUGCGCGGCCGCACGCCCGAGGCCGCACAGAUCGCCGCGGGCCGGAACGCCGCGCGCCUCUGCUGCGUGACCAGCCAGGACUCGGGGCGCAGCUGGGGCGGAGCGCGGGACCUCACGGCGGAGGCGGUGGGCGGCGCCGAGCGGGACUGGGCCACGUUUGCUGUGGGCCCUGGCCAUGGCAUCCAGCUGCGCUCGGGCCGCCUGCUGGUACCAGCCUACACCUACCGCGUGGACCGACGUGAGUGUUUUGGCAAGAUCUGCAGGACCAGCCCCCACGCCUUCGUUUUCUACAGCGAUGACCAUGGCCAGACCUGGCAGCAUGGAAGCCUCGUGCCCAACCUGCGCUCGGGCGAGUGCCAGCUGGCUGCGGUGGAUGGAGGGCAGGCUGGCAGUAUCCUCUACUGCAAUGCCCGGAGCCCCCUGGGCAGCCGUGUGCAGGCGCUCAGCUCAGACGAGGGCACCUCCUUCUUGCCUGGGGAACUGGUGCCCACCCUGGCCGAGACCGCCCGUGGCUGCCAGGGCAGCAUUCUGGGCUUCUCGGCCCCGCCCUCUUGCAGGUCUGGGGAUGAGGGAUGCUCAGUGGGUCCCAAGAAGGCCCCCUCCCUUCCAAGCCCGUGUCCUGGAGUCCAGACACCCCUAGAGAAGGGUGCUGGAGACACCCAAGGGGGUGGGGGGCUGGGUGGGACACAGGGGUGUGGGGACAGCCCAGGGGACCCUGUCCCUGGGGAGCCUAGCCCAAAGCCUGGGCUCGGUUGGGACAGGGGCACCUGGACUCUGAAGCUCCUUGGGCCCCCUGCUACCUUGUCUCAGGGCCCCACAUGGCUGCUGUAUUCCCACCCUGUGGGGCGCAGAGCUCGGCUCCAUAUGGGCAUCUAUCUGAGCAGAUCCCCCCUGGACCCCCACAGCUGGACGGAGCCCUGGGUGAUCUAUGAGGGCCCCAGUGGCUACUCUGAUCUGGCGUCCAUUGGGCCCACCCCUGAGGGUGCCCUGACCUUCGCCUGUCUGUACGAGAGCGGGGCCAGGGUCUCCUACGAGGAGAUCUCCUUCUGUCUUUUCUCCCUUCACGAGGUCCUGGAGAAUGUACUGCCACGCCCCAAGCCGCUCAGCCUCGGGUGCAAGCCUCGGGAGCUCUGCUGGCCGUGCUGAAGAGCCCUCUGGCCAGGCCUGUCCCCUCGGCAGCUGGGAGGAGGGGCAGGGACGAUGGGGGUGUCGUGACCCCAGGCCUGGGCAGAGCUCUGGGGCACAUGCUUCGAGGCACCUCUGUCCUUUGGAGAGUCGUGAGGGUGGGUCUUUGGGAAGGGCGCUGUGGAAUUACACAGAACUUCAGUUGUAAUACUUCCGAACAGGCAGGACUGGUCUUUGAGAAGGGGGCACGCAGCUGGAAGCCAAGGGAGGUGGGCUCAGUGGGGGCAGGAGGUGGGCGGUGGGCAAGGGCGACCCUGGACGACACUCGGGUUAAUGCUCCAUAGUCCUGGGGUCCUGGUGUUGGGGUCUUUAAUCUCACUCUGCUUUCUGCCUUUUGAAGGGGAAAUAAAGGGACGUUUCUCUUGAGUCUUUCUUUGUGAAAGCCCUGGGGAGGGGCCCCUACCCCAGCCCACUGCUCUGACCACCCACGCCCCACCUUGGCCACACUCUCCAAAGCUAGGACCCUCAGAGGUGGGGGCAGGAUGGGGACAGGAAAAGCGGAUCUAUCUUAUUGUGGCAGCCGCCAGGUGUGUCUGGGGUCUGCAAACAGCUGCCUUUCCAGCUGGAGGAGCAGACGUUGGGGCCCCCAAGUCAGGUCACCUCCCAGGACCUGUGUGCUCACAGAAGCACGUUUUUUAUUUCUUCUCCUUUUCAAAGUCUUCAUUUCUGGUUAUAAAAAUAAAACAUGCUCAUUGCAGGGAAUUUGAGAUAUGUAAAAAACUAUAAAGAAAAAAUAGAAAUGACCCCACAUGGAUCCCUGUCACGACCACGAAGCGAUGGUCCUUUUGGUGCUUCUCCUUGACUUUUUUCUUCUUUGGAAAUGAUACCGGUGUUUUAGCACAAGCACUCCCUCGUCUGUCACACUUCCGCCAGCUCCCUUUCGUGGUAUUAUUUCUUCACAA